UCAUCACGUUGUCUCGCUUUUGAAAUUUCUUUGAUAAACAAAGUGUAAUUCACGUUGCUAACAUACGGGGGCAGUAUUUUUGCUUAAAUUACUUUCAUCGAUCCAUUCGAAUCUGUUGAAUCCAUUUUAUUCAUUGCGAUCAUUGGUUGAGAAAUUUAGUGAACUACUCUGGUGUAUAUUCCGCUGUAUAGAUUUUUGUAGCCCAUCAUACAGAGAAGCGGACAAACAAAAAGUUAAGAGUGGUCAUGCAAACAGUGAAUAAAUGUGGGAAAAGAUUUUCACAGGAAUCACGAAGGGCACGAGAACAUUUAGCACCCAUCAAGUGUAGCGCCCUGUAAAAUUAAGGUUUAAUCAUUACCCAUAACUCCUUAGAAGGAAGCUAAACCUUGCUCCUCGUAUCUUAGUUGAAACAGAAGUACUGUAGUGUUGAUAGCCCGUCGGAUCUUUAGUCAUGCAGUCCGUCGUGUCAAAUAAUGUCAAGAACUUUUCUGUGGAAUACAACCUAGCUAACCGAAGCAAUGUGUUCAGCAGCGGGGAUUACAUCACGGGACGUGUUGCAUUCGAAGUGACAAGAGACUGCAAAAUAGAUUCGCUGUGGGUCAAGAUGAAAGGAAAAGCAAAAGUCAGAUGGUUUGAACAUUAUGGAAAAACAGUUGUGGUAUACAAAAACAAAGAGAAAUACUUCAGUAUCAAGACAUUUAUCUUUCAGGAUGGCUAUGGUAAUAAUGUUGUCACUCGGGGUUCCCACACGUACCCAUUCACCUUUCAAAUCCCCCAAGUAAACCUGCCGUCGUCAUUCAAGGGCUCAUAUGGAAAAAUCAAGUACACUUUGGAGGCAAAUCUGAGCAGGUCGAUGAGAACUGACUGCAAAGCCAAAACUCAUUUCCGUGUCAUUAAUAAAAGACACAGUGACGCGUUUUUGACGUCUCCACAGCAAGGCAUCACUGAGAAGAAAAUGAACUUCUUCUCUUCAGGAACAGUUCAAAUGGAAGUAAAUAUCGAGAAAACUGGCUUCUUUCAAGGUGAAGGCAUUAAGGUGGUGGCCUAUAUUCUAAACCGCUCAUCUCGCGGCAUCAGGCCCAAGUACUGCUUGUAUAAGAAAUACAGCUAUUUUGCAAGUGGCAAGAGGAGAGUAGAAACCAAGAACAUCCUAAAAGAGGUGGGCGAGUCUAUCCCUCCUUCUGCAGGUCACUCUGUAACCAGGAUCAUCAGCAUCCCUCCCACUACAUGUGCGUCCAUUUUAAACUGCAACAUCAUCAAAGCAGAGUACCGACUCAAGGUGUACCUGGAUGUCAAGUAUGCCUCAGACCCAGAGAUCAAGUUCCCAGUGGUUGUCUUGCCAUCUGUCCAGGCAUCUGAUGAGCAGCAAUUGCCCACGAAGCCUGGCUUUGAACACAAUUCAAACAUGGGUGGGAACAUGAACUUCAUGCAAGAGCCAAACUCACCACUUCCCCCAAUCUAUGAGGAUUGUAUGAUGUACCCACCCUCGACUGGUUUGGAUGGGAAAUCUUAGAAGCUACUGCCGGUGUCACAGUGAUACAAUUGGUUAGCCCAUCACAGUCAUAUGUUUUGCGUUACAAUCUCGAGCAUUGAACAAUCUAAAUUGCCAACAGAGGUGAAUGUGCGUGUGAAUGGUUUUUAUUUUUACAUGCACUGUAAUUGACUGGUGACCACUCCAGAUUGAAACCAGCCGCUGGCCAAAAAGCUAGCAGAAGUCAACUCCAAGUGAUAUGUGACCUUGAUUAGCAUAAGUGGUAGAAAACGAUUGCAAUAGAUGGAUGAAUUUUAGUCAGUUCUCUUUUCAAGUCCGAAUGAAGAACAACUGCAACAUCGUUCUUAAAUUGUUGUAUUAUUGGACAUUGGAUUGUUUUAGCUGGUCAUUUUGCAAUUAAAACGAAGUGAAGAAAAUCAUUUUAUUUUACACUCUUGUAUUAAAUUACAUUACAGUCAACAAAGUAGCAACGCAAUAGCACAAAAGCCAGUCUCCGCAGAGUAAAGAAGCCGACAUUAGUCUUGGCUGCUAGAUUGGGACCAUGAUUUAUAUGUAAUGGAGUGUCACUAUAACAUAAAAUCGUUUCAAUCUGAAGAUUUAUAGUUUGGCAUACCGAAUUGAUUAAAAAGCCAGAAGAAAUGAUGAAAA